GACUAUGUACAUGAAAAGGCCAUUCCUCCUCAACCUGCUGCCACUCCUUCUAGAGUGGUCAAAGAAGCAUAUGACAAUCACGUUGAUGAUGACAUUGAAGUGGCGUGUCUCAUGAUAUCUACUAUGACGUCUGAGCUUCAGAAGCAUCAUGACAGCAUGAAGGCGUACGAUAUGAUCCUACACCUGAGGCAGCUCUACCAAGGGCAAGCUAGGCAUGAGAGAUUCCAAAUCUCUAAGGCACUCUUCGGUUGCAAAUUGCCUGUUGGAAACCCUGUCGGUCCGCAUGUUCUCAAGAUGAUCGGCUAUGUUGAGACUCUUGAGAAGUUGGGUUUCUCACUGAGACAAGAACUUGCAACGGAUCUUAUUCUGCAAUCGUUUCUUGAAUUGUACAAGCAGUUUGUCGUUAACUAUGAGAUGCGUGGGUUUGAUAAACUUCUGCCCAAACUCUUAAAGAUGUCACAAACUGCUGAAAAGUGCCUUACCAAGGGAAAAGGUAGUUCCGUCCUUCUUAUUCAAGGUGGAAAGGUUAAGAAGAAGAAAUUUAGAAAAUUUGGAACCAAAGGCAAAGGUAAAAUCAAGCAUGAAUCCACUUCUUCCAACCUUAAGCCAAAAGGUGGAGUAGCAAAAGACUCCAGAUGUCAUCAUUGUGGCAAACAAGGCCACUGGAGGAGGAACUGUAAAGAUUACCUGGCUUUCAAGAAGAAGGAGGGUGACGCCUCUGCUUCAGGGGCUGAAGAAAAGUUGAUGGGUUUGAUACAGAACGGGGAAUGUUCUGAGGAACCAGAUAGUCGAUUGUCUCUGCAAGAUAAUCGAUUCACAAGGAAUUUCCCAAAUCUGGAUAUCUUCUGAGAUGAGUAAUAAUCGAUUUUCUAUAGGGAGAUAAUCGAUUAUGGAGCAUUUGCAGGAAUACGUUGAGAGGAUUCAGAGGGAAGCAAUAGUCGAUUAUCUAUGUUGGAUAAUCGAUUAUCAUGUCUAAGAAAAAAUAAACAAAAGUUUUAUUUUGUCUUUUGUUGUUCACCUUCGGCCUAGGCUUAGUAAUGAAUAACAAAGACUUUA